UCAUAUUUUUAUAGCCUGUUUAUCGUAGUCAUUGACGGACACCAAUUUAUGGUCGUAUAUACAAUUGCAACCAUUGUUUUACUUUAUUCUGAAGCCAUGUAUUAAUCGCAGUCAUGUUAGACAAGUUUGACUGGAGUCGGCAUUGUUCUCGUCGAAUCUGCAAAUGAAGCGGUACGUCAAAUACAACUGAUAGAACAUUUUGGCAUGCAUGUGCCUGAUGUGGCCUGAGGGUGGCGCAAAUAUGUAAACACCAGUGUAAACAAAUCACAUAUUGACGUGAUCCCACGAAGAACCGGAACACCGGUCCUUUCUCCUACAGUCACCUCCGAGCCCGUCCCAACAGUGAGUCCUGUUUCAUUUCUGGUUUAGUCCUGGUUUACUCCUGUUUUAGUCUUAGUUCAGUCUUGGAUUAGUCCUCCUCUUCAGUCCUGGAAUCAGGUUAGUCCUGGGUUAGUCCUGGUUCAGUCCGUUGCAUAGGCAGCGCAAAAGUUUGAUAUAAUCUCGGGUUAAUGGGCGGGUGCGGUGGCGUAGGCCUACUGCGGGGUGCUGGUCUCCAAAAAUGGACCCAUGCAGGACUCUGCGCUGUAGGCUCCAUUACUGGAUAAAUUAAUCUUCGGUUCGUUACAUAAAGAAGGUGGAAAAUAACAAAAGGACCACAGCAAUAAGCUUUAAAAAGUCUGAGAAAAGUGUAUAAAGUAAGUCGUGGGGGCUUUUACAGCCUUAAAACAGAUCUGAUAAUUGUAAAAUAAAAGUUGACUAAAAGUUGACGGAUUUCACCUAUCGUGGGUUAUUUUUUAGAACGUAACCCCGCGAUAAACAAAGGACCACUGUACUCUCACCUCGCAACCUGUGCACAUGGCCUCCGAUUUAUCCAGACCGGGACAGAAAAUUGUUAAAUGCGCAUUUGCGCUUUGGCAUGUUGCAGGCUGUACGACUUUGUGGUUGCUGGCUCCUUCUGAGUGCACAGAACUACGAGAGCCGCUCAAUUCAAUGGCCCCAAUGAACGGUAAUGAAAACCCGGACAUUUCCUUCACUUAAAAAAACAAAAAACUGGAAGCCCAGGACAGGACGCAAAACACGGACAUUUGGUUACCCUAGUUUCAACACAACAGUUUAAAUUUUUUGUCUUUUUUAGUUCCCUAGUCACAACUUGCCUAACAUUAACCUAAAGUCUAAACUUAACCUAUUUUAACCCAACCUGAACAUUAAACCAUGUAGCUGAUCUGAUUUACGUCAUGAUUUUUGUUCCCGUAAGAGAAGCGUCCCCCAUGUGCGCGUGUGUACAGAUUUUAGAUACCACACUGAGAAAUACGUGCUCACUUACGCCUAUACAUAUACACACUACUGGUCUAUUGAGCUAGGGGGUGGGUCGGGGGCUAAAUUAUAAUGGCCAAAAAUUUAGCCCUGCCUCCUCCUUUGGUCUGAGGGUGGGGCUGGGAAAAGCCGUGGUUGAGGCCGAUGUUCCUUUAAGAGCCUGUGGAUCAGGCUCUGCAUGUUGUUCUCCUCGGUGCACCUUUCAAUCCAUCACCAGCCGCUCCUCGCUCACUGCAAAAUCGAACACCUUCAUUCUAACUUGAUGAAUCUGCUUUGAGUGGUACCAAAUCAUUCCACCCUUUAAACCCCUCUAAACCCUGUCACCAUGGCGUCCUGUCAGAGAGGCUGUGCUCCAGCUGUGCGCCUCUGUCAGAAACUGAACCGUCUCAAGACUUUAGAGGAUGAUAUGAUGGCCACCUCCCUGAAGCGCUGUCUCAACACCCUGGACUUAACUCUUAUGGGAAUUGGUGGCAUGGUUGGCUCUGGUCUCUAUGUUCUGACUGGCACAGUGGCCAGAAACAUGGUUGGACCUGCUGUCAUUUUGUCAUUUGUAUUUGCAGGAUUUGCUUCUCUCCUGUCUGCACUAUGCUAUGCUGAGUUUGGAGCGCGCAUACCAAAGACAGGUUCCGCUUAUAUGUUCACCUAUGUGUCUGUUGGAGAGGUCUGGGCUUUUCUCAUUGGUUGGAAUGUCAUUUUGGAAAAUAUGAUUGGUGGAGCAGCUACGGCCCGCGCAUGGAGUGGUUAUCUGGACUCCGUCUUUAACCAUGCUAUCCAAAACUAUACAGAGUCACACAUUAUGUCCUGGAAUGUCCCGUUUGUAGCCCAUUACCCUGACUUACUAGCAGCAGGAAUUCUUCUUGUAGCAUCUUUGUUUAUUUCAUUUGGAGUCCAAGUGUCAUCAUACCUCAACCACAUCUUCUCAAUCAUAAGCAUGAGUGUCACUGUUUUUGUUUUGAUUUUUGGCUUCAUCCUUGCUGAGCCUGCAAACUGGAGUCAAAAAGAAGGAGGUUUUGCACCGUUUGGACUCUCAGGGAUACUGUCAGGUUCAGCUACUUGUUUCUAUGCAUUUGUGGGCUUUGAUGUAAUUGCAUCGUCCAGUGAGGAGGCCAAGAACCCUCAGAAGGCUGUACCAAUCGCCACUGCUGUGUCUCUGGGACUAGCAGCAGUGGCUUACAUCCUGGUUUCCACAGUGCUUACAUUAAUUGUGCCCUGGCAUACUCUGGACCCAGAUUCAGCUUUGUCAGAUGCCUUCUUCCGUCGUGGUUACAGUUGGGCUGGGAUCAUUGUGGUUGUGGGCUCUAUUUGUGCUAUGAACACUGUGCUGCUGUGUAAUCUCUACUCCCUCCCGCGAAUCAUCUAUGCCAUGGCUGAAGAUGGCUUAUUCUUUUCCUUUUUUGCACGAGUGAAUCCUGUCACCAAAGUUCCUGUCAAUGCCAUUUUGGUUUUUGGUUUUGUUACGUCUAUUAUUGCUCUAAUAUUUGACCUGCAGGCCUUAGUUCAGUUCCUAUCCAUUGGCACACUCUUGGCUUAUACUUUUGUGGCCGCAAGUGUUAUUGUGCUACGCUUCCAGCCAGAAAAAGCAACAGUGAAAAAUGGCACAUCUCCUAAUGUAAACGCCGAGCCCUCUCCAACACGUUCAGAGUCCCAGAGUUUCAAAGAGGACAGUGGUGAACUAAAGCAGUAUGAAUCCUUCUCAGACAAACUCCAGUUGGUGGAAAGGACCAAGGUGAAGGAGAGGCGUGCAACAGGGCAGCUCAAGGCAUGUUGGGAACCAUAUCUCGGGCGUUUGGUUGGGGAUUUUGAACCCGGUGAAGUGGUGGCCUUCUGUGUGCUUAUCCUCCUGGUUAGCGGUGUGUCCCUGUGUGCUGUGCUGAUAUUCGGAAACCAACCACUUGAAUUACCGCUGUGGAGCUUCUCAAUGCUGAUUGUGAUUUUUAGUUUGGCUUUUGUCGUCAGCUUGGCUCUUAUAUGGGUUCACGAGCCACAGAAAGACACCAAAACAUUCCAGGUACCUCUUGUUCCACUGACUCCAGGGGCCAGUAUCCUUGUCAAUGUUUUCCUAAUGAUGAAGUUAAGUGUAAUGACAUGGAUCAGAUUUGCUGUCUGGAUCGCUAUAGGUGUUGUGGUGUACUUUGGCUAUGGGAUCUGGCACAGUAAAGAGGGGAGGCGGGAGCUCCAGGCCACAGACAUGGCAGCACGUUAUGUGGUGCUCCCCAGUGGCAGUUUAGUGGAAACAGUUCAGUCAGUGCAGCCUGAUGGACAGGUGGAGCCCUCAGCACCCCACGUUAACACAGCAAGCGAGUUUGGAGAGAAAAGAUGAUUUGUGUGCACACUUAUGAUAAAAACACUGCCUGGUGUAAUUGGGCAACUCCUAUUCCUUGGCAUUAUAACUAAAGGUGGGUAGAAUAGUCAAAGUGCAGUACUUCAGUACAUGUAAAAUGUGUUUUGGUGAGAAAAUCUAAUUAGAAAGUCCCUAAGACUUUUUUAGUAGUUUACUGUUUCGUAAGAAACAUAUGUAAUAUAUUGGCAAAAUAUUUAUAUUUCUUAAAACAAUACAAAAUACGAAAAAUUGUUACAUCUUAAUCAAACAAAAUAACAUUCAAAAAGUGUAAUUUCUACAUAAACAAAAUGUUCAAAGCAUUGAAAUAAAACAGUGUCUCUCAUAAAAAAUAAAAAAUAAAAAAAAGACACAUCUCUUCACCCACCUCUGGUUUUAACUGCCCAGCCUCUCCCUUUAGUGUGAAGUCUGCCACAGUUUGUACACGUUGCUUUAGGUUUGUGUCAGCACAACAGGAUGAGAUGCUCGCUCUGUGUCAAUGUGAUUUCUGUAAAACGUGUAAUACUCGAAUGUACAGUAGAGCUUUAUUAACUGCCCUGUAAAACCCAGCAUCACAAAUGUCUUCUGACCAAGACCCAUUUUCUUUUGCUUAUUCUGUUUUAUACUAUUGUUUUACUUGUAAAUACAUUUGGUACAUCCAAGCACCAAAACAAAUAUACUAAAAUCACAGUGAAAUAUUUAUUUUAUUCUUAUUUAGCCUACAGUUAUCAUAAUCACUAGGGUAUUGUUUCAAUGCACAUUUUGUAGUCACACAGGAAUCAUGUGUGCAAGUUUACAUUUAUCUUUUUUUCCAAUCAAAAGUUUUUUCACAUUGUAUCUCACAUACAUACAUACAUACGUAGAAAUACCAGUAUUUAAUAAAACAAUUUAGAUAUUUUAUUACCUUUGUCAAUGUAAUAUAACCACUUGCCUCCAUCAGAUAUGCCUUACAGGCAAAAAUAUGCUGCACAGACUUCUCUAUUUUCAUUUCAAACUGUCUGUAUAUUAGUUUCAUUUUUGUACAAAGUCAUAAUAUUUAAUAGCCACAUUAAUGGUCACAUUGUUAAAUCCGUUGACAUAACUGGUUUAAAUGUUUUCAAAUAUCGCAUGAAUGUUUUUUUGUGUGUUCAUGUUUUGUUUUUUUAUUGUUUUCAGCAUUUGUUAUGUACUUUAUGCAUCCGAUAUAUCUGACCUAUAAGUGAUUUUUCCUGAUACAUUUCUGUUCUUUUAAUGUACUAAAUUAAUAAUGGUUUGGUAUUCAGUUAUAUUAUUAUAUUAUUGUAUGUUGGUUACAUAUCCUCAUUAUCCAAGCACAAACAUAUAAAAAUCACACAGGGUAUGAGUAAGGGGGAUGCAUAGGCUCUGUAAUGUCUAUGGGACUCUUAAUCCUGUCAGAUUUGCAGCAGUCCCGUUGUCAGCCAGUUUGACCCAGAUUAGAGAAAAGCACAUACUGUGUGACAAUAGUGACAACAUUCCCACAACCUUUGCUAUUUCUUUUACCAAUUGUGUUAAAACACAAAACGUGACAAUAGUUUUCUUUUUGGUUUGUGCUGGCAGUGCACUUGUUAUUUUAUCUAGUUUGCAUGUGACCAACCCAAUAGCCUUAAAUAUAUACAAUUUCUAAAUGUCAAAAUUCAUAUCCUGUUGAAAUAGUUGUUGUAAAGGAAUAUUUUACACCAAAUAUAUAUGGCAGAGAAUGUACAGUGAACAACUUGUAUUGUUCAAAUGGCUUUUAGAAGAAGAUAAAUUUGCACAUUGAAAUCUAUGGACAUUUUGCGUUAUGCUUCUGUUGUCAGGGUGACUUAUGUGGUGCUUUUGAAUCCUCCCACUCCUUUUCUGUCUUUUGUGCACAGUUUGACCCAGUUCUUCUCUCACUCAGGAACUGUUAGCUCUGUACAGCACUAAAGUCCCCUAUGUUUCUGUUAAAUGUCUGUAACAACACAAAAGAGACAAAAAAAAAUAAAUGUUUUGA